AUGGACUUGUUUCGUCCUGCUUACAUCUGGUUCGUUCUUUUAACUCUGUCGACAAAUUUAUAUUUCAACAAUUCUUUGCCCCAAGACUCUAAGCCGGGGAUGGAACCGGCGUCACUGAUUCGAGAACUGUUGGAAUCGGCAAAGGAAAGCGAGUUCUUCGAUUGGCUCAAAAGGGUUCGGAGAAGAAUUCACGAGUAUCCGGAACUAGCAUUUGAUGAGUACAAGACGAGCCAACUGAUCAGGGAUGAGCUUGACGCGCUGGGCAUCCAAUACGCGUGGCCGGUGGCAAAAACUGGGGUGGUGGCAACAAUUGGGUCCGGUGAUCAACCUCUCUUUGCUCUGAGAGCUGACAUGGACGCCCUACCCAUCCAGGAAUUGAUUGAUUGGGAGCAUAAAAGCAAAAUAAAUGGCAAAAUGCAUGCCUGUGGACAUGACGCUCACACGACAAUGUUGCUUGGAGCAGCUAAACUGCUUCAGAAUAGAACAAAUACUCUCAAGGGUACUAUUAAGCUUGUUUUCCAACCUGGAGAAGAGGGUUAUGCAGGUGCAUAUCAUGUCUUGGAAGAACAAGCACUGGAAGGUGUUCAAUCCAUUUUUGCCCUUCAUGUGGCACCAGAUAUUUAUGUUGGUUCUAUUGCCUCUACACCUGGACCAAUGCUAGCUGGAGGAGGAAGGUUUUUAGCAAUAGUUAAAGGGAUAGGUGGACAUGCAGCAGCACCUCAUAAAACGAGAGAUCCAAUCGUCGCUGCCUCCAUGGCACUUAUUGCACUCCAGCAGAUAGUAUCCCGAGAAAGUGAUCCUUUGGAUGCCAGGGUAGUCUCUGUAGGUUUUAUACAGGGAGGGGAAGCUGGAAAUGUUAUCCCUGAGACAGUCAAGUUUGGGGGCACUUUUCGGUUCUUGAGUGCUGAAAGUUUUUCCUACAUGAUCCAAAGAAUCAAAGAGGUAAUAGAGACUCAAGCGGCCGUUUACCAUUGUACAGCUACAGUUGAUUUUAUGGAGGAGAGCCUGAGACCUUAUCCUCCAACCAUUAAUGAUCUUUCAAUGUAUGAACAUGCUAAAGGAGUCGGCGAAAUGUUACUAGGGGAAGACAAAGUACAAGUUGGGGGGAAGAUGAUGGGAGCUGAAGAUUUCAGCUUUUAUGGACAGAGAAUGGCAGCUACUAUGUUUAUGAUUGGAGCAAGAGAUGAGAAAUCGGAUACAGUUACCCCGUUGCACUCGCCUUACUUUGAGAUAGCCGAAGAAGUUCUACCCAUUGGAGCUGCUCUUCAUGCUGCGGUUGCAGCUGCUUACUUUGACAAUCAUGUACAGCUUCAGUAG